CAAGGCCAAGGGCGGACUGACAACUCAUGGGGCCCCCGGGCAAUAGGGGAUCAUGGGGCCCCUGUGUCCUUGCCCAAACUCAAAAAAGCCUAUGAAAAAGGUACCAGGGGCAUCUCGUGGGGCCCCCUACUGACCCCGGGCCCUCGGGCAGUGCCCGAGUUUACAAAUGGUCAGUCCGCCCCUGCUCAAGGCACCCCUGAAGAAACCUCAAGGCACCCCAGGUGUAAGUUUAACAAAUGGCCACAAGAUGGUGAUAACGUUAAAUAAAGUAUAAAGUUUUAUUUUUAUUUUAUUUUAUUUGUAUUUUAAAUGUGAUAUUUCUUUUUGAA